CAGAAAAAAUACGGUACACAGUAGGUGGCGUUGUUACUAAUCAUUUCCCUUUCGUCUUUCCCAACACCCCGCAACUUUUGUGCUCUGUCCCUAUAUUCCUAAGUCUGUGUUACAUAUGUAUGUUCGGCAAGAUGGCUCUGUUGUAAAUCGACAAACGAUUUUACAAAAUACACAAACAGUGGUUGACGAAGAUUCUUGUGGUGAUAUUAAGUUUUGUAAAAAAACCAUUUGAAUUUUUAUAAAAUUGCAGAAUUUAUUGUGUUAAAGCUACUGGAAUUUAAGAAGUGUAUUAUUAGGUUAUGUUAGAUUACCGUCACCGUGGCUGACACAAUUAAAAGGAUGAGUGCCAGACUUCUGAAAGAUCCUGCUACUGCAUCUAGCCGUAUAUUUGUGGGACAUUUGCAAACUGAUGAUGUCACAAAACUGGAAUUAGAAGAGCAUUUUGCCAAAUAUGGCAAUGUUAUAGCAUCGAUAAUAAAUAGAGGUUUUGGAUUUGUACAAUUUGAAGAUGAGCAAUCCGCUCAAAAAGCUAUUCAGAAUGAAGAUGGGGCGAUGUUUAAAGGCAGACGUAUAGAUGUCAGACCAGCGAAAAAGGAUAAUCAAUCUAGUGGUGGAAAUCCAGGAAAUGCAAAGCAAAUGGGUGGAGCAAAUAACCAAUUUAAUUUGAUGAACAAUCAGUUCAGUAAUUCAAAUGAAUCAUUUGGUGGUAAUAAAUCAAAUUAUGCAGGUGGAAAUACAAAUUUUAAUACAAAUCAGAAUUUUGGAAAUGAUGGUACUUUUGGUAACAACCAAAAAGACUUGAAUGCUCCGAAUAGAAGCGGAAGUACCCACUUUGAUGAUGGAAAUCAAAUUGGAAGUGGUGUGUGUGAUAAUGAUCAAUUUAAUGGAAAACAUAUUAAUAACAAUAAUAAUAAUGGGAAUGAUCAUUUCAAUAAUCAGAAUCGUGGAAACAAUCAAUUUAAUCUAGGUAAUCCAAAUCGUGGAAAUGAUCAGUUUGCUAUCGGUCACGGGAAUCAAAAUAGAGGGACUAACAAUCAGUUUGGAAAUAACAACCAGAUGGGAAAUCAGAAUAGGCCUGGAGGAAAUCAAAAUCGAAAUCAAACUAAUCAGGGUAAUAACCAAAACCAAAAUGCUGGUUCUGGAGCUGGAGCAAUUGCCACAGGAGGAGGAGGAGGAGGAGGAAGUGGAAAUAAUGCUGUUGGUGGUGGCAGCGGCGGCGGCCACAGAACACGAGGAUCGAGAGGCGGAAAGAACAGAAACAAGAACAACCAAAACAAUUCAAAUGCGAACAAUUUCAGAGAUCGAAGUCCAAUUAAUCGAGGUAAUAGAAUAGAAGACAAAACAAAUAGAGAAUGGGAUCACAAACAAGGAGAUAGACUACGCGGCAACAAUUUUGCUCGAGAUUCAUUUAGCGACAGUGGGAAUCGUUAUGAUGAUUUUAAGGCUUCUGGUACUAGAGACACAAACACAACCUUUGGAAACACAAGUAAUUCAUCUGACUAUCUCGCUGCCGAGAAGAAUGAUUGUGAAAUUAUUGUUGUUAAUAAAGCGUUGACGAAAUAUGCAGAAGAUAUUGAAUUACGAUUGAAGCAAGUGGGUCUAAUGGUAGAUUUGCUAUUUCCAAAUGAAGACGUUCCUUUAAGUCGUGUUUUGGGGAAUAUCGCAAGUCGUGGAUGCUUGUACGCUGUAGUCGUUACACCUAUUAACCAUGAACACCAUUCCUUGACAUUGAAUAUUUUACAUGGUUUACCACAAGAACAUAGAAAUAUGCCCGUUGAGGAUGCUAUAAAUCUGAUAUCACGAGAUUUUACAAAUUACAAAGCCGGAGGUCGCUCAGUUCCUUUGAACACACCUCUUGCAAAUGAACGUCAUCCGGAUGCUAUACAAGUUCUUCUAAAUAUGUUGGCUGACAAUCAUCAGCUCACAGUUCUACAAUAUGAUCGCGUCAUAAAGUAUCUUGAUAUGAAACGCGAAGAGCAAGUACAAGUUGAAUUGGGCGAUGUGAAGGAUUUGCCAGUGACAACGCCACUCACUCCAGUCAACGAUCCAAAACAGGCCGAAUUACAAACAAGAAUAUUGAAUAUCUUGAAUAAUAGUAAAACAAGCACAUCGACAACAGUGGAACCCAGCCCAGUACCACCACCGACUUUAGCACCGACCCCGGUACCUCCAGCUAAUUGGGGAACAGCAUCAAACACUGCCACAUCAUCCACGACAACCACUUCUACAGGAGUUUCGCCAUCGCCACUUUUAAACGAUCCCACGGUUCAGAAAGCUCUUGACAGUUUAUUGCAAGGAAAUUUAUUGAAAAUAUCGGUGAUCAACAACCGCCACCUGCAACGAUAGCUGGAGCGCCGUUGUUUGCCGCUUUUUCGAAUAUCGGCAGAUUUUAAUUGCGAUAAGUUUCAUCGAUGUAAUCAUGUAAUUUUUAAGAUAUACUUUAUACUUUCUUGAUUUUAUUCGACAAUUACACAAUCUCACAGAUGCUAUAAACAAAAAAAGGACAUAGAAACAGCAUUGCGAGACAUACAUAAUAAAUAAUAUUUUAGUACAUUGUAUAUUAAUCAUAAAAUACUGAAUUAACAUAAGAGAUUUAUAACUUUAAAAGCACAGCAACUAUAAUUCAUGUGAUUACUGUUACUGCUUAUCUGGUAUCAUUGAUAAUAUAUUUCAUUCUAAAAGUA